AUGAAGCCUGAGAACCAGAGCAGCGUGUCUGAGUUCCUCCUCCUGGGGAUACCCAUCCGUCCAGGGCAGCAGGGCGUGUUCUUCGCCCUCUUCCUGGGCAUGUACCUGACCACAGUGCUGGGCAACCUGCUCAUCAUUCUGCUCAUCAGGCUGGACUCCCGCCUGCACACACCCAUGUACUUCUUCCUCAGCCACUUGGCCUUCACUGAUAUCUGUUUCUCAUCUGUCACUGUCCCAAAGAUGCUGAUGAACAUGCUAAUCCAGCACCUCUUCAUCCCCUAUGAAGGCUGCAUUUCACAGGUGUUUUUUUUCAUAUUUUUUGCGGACCUGGACAGUUUCUUGAUCACUUCAAUGGCUUAUGACAGGUAUGUGGCCAUCUGUCACCCUCUGCAGUAUACCACCAUCAUGAGUCAGCACAUUUGCGUCAUGCUAGUGGCUGGGUCCUGGGUCAUUGCGUGUGCUUGUGCUCUUUUGCAUACUCUCCUCCUAGCCCGGCUGUCCUUCUGUGCUGAGCACACCAUACCCCACUUCUUUUGUGACCUUGAUGCCCUGCUCAAAUUGUCCUGCUCAGACACUUCCCUCAACCAACUGGUAAUCUUUACUGUGGGAUUAACAGCUAUUAUGCUUCCAUUCUUAUGCAUCUUGGUUUCUUAUGGCCACAUUGGGGUGAGCAUCCUCCAGGGUCCCUCUACCAGUAACAUCUAUAAGGCCUUGUCCACAUGUGGAUCUCAUCUCUCAGUAGUGACCCUCUAUUAUGGGUCAAUUAUUGGUCUUUAUUUUCUUCCUUCAUCCAACAGCUCCAAUGACAAUAACAUAAUUGCUUCAUUGAUGUACACAGUGGUAACUCCCAUGCUGAACCCCUUCAUUUAUAGCCUGAGAAAUAAAGACAUGAAAGGGGCCUUGAGAAAACUCUUGAAUAAGAAAACAUAUUCUCCCAACUGA